GAUGAGGGGUGAUUUGGGAAUUGUAAACACACGCAGUCCAUCGACAGCAACGAUAAGCGGAGUUAUUCGAAACUAACCUCCAAAGUGAUAACAAAGGCAAACAUUUUUACAUUUUUCUUCUGGUCGACUUUAUUCGGUGUGUAUAACAUUUGCACCAAGAACUGGAAAAAUCUAAAAAUAUUUUGAAAAAUAUCCACAUUUGGAACCCAAUUUGAUUUCGAUUUUGAUGCAGUGAAACCUUCCAUGAAACGAACAAAAUGCAGAACGAGUUUUUUGUGUUUUAGUGUCGCUUUAGCUACAAAUCAAUAGCGGUUCGUUGCCCAUAUGCUAACGCAUUUGAAGCAUUCCUCGCAAUAAUUUCCAUCGCUAAAACUUGUUUGGCGUUGUCGAAAAACUUAACAAAAAAAUUGUGAACAAAUGCAACAGCCGCAUCCAUCAUUAGCUUGCGUACUAAGUGUCGUCCUACAAUAAAUAUGGAAAAUAUGGGUCGACUACGUAAGCCAGCCACUGCUGGAGGCAAUGAAACCCAGCUUCUGCUAAAGUCUUCGCCGAAUAUUUUGGAAAAUUUCCCCUACGAAGACUUCAACUUGCAAUUUUCGUCGCAGCCUAAACGAAUGACGUCACCCCCCACAAGACACCCCCGUAUGCAGCAGCAACAGAAUCGUAACAGCACUCGUCCAAAGUCGCCUCUUUUUAGUGACACUCUAGACAGGCAUGAGUUCAUGCAAAAUGUCAUUAACACGAAGCCGUCUAGUGGCGGGAGCAACUACGACAUACGUUACUCGUCACCAAGUCAAAAGGAAGCCACCGUGAGGAGAAGUUUGGAGGAGAUCUCCAAGGACAUAAAGGAGAUUGAAGAUUUCCUAACAGUAACCGAACAUGUCCUUAAGAAGGAGCGAGAAAUGGAGGCCGAGGUUGAAAUGGAGAUGAAGCGAAAACGCACAAAGGCAGAAUGUAGUCCCAAUAAAGAGAACAAAACACCUUCGCCUCCAAAUCGGUCCCGCAGGAACUCCAGCAAAUCCGUAACCUACAAAAUCAAUUCGUUUCGUAAUCGAAAAAAGAAGUGCAACUCUCCCAGACUUUUCAAUUCGCGUUUGUAUUUUCGCAAUGGCAAAAUUGGGUGCCUGGAAGCCGAAAACGCAACUUGCAAUGUGCAGAGUACCCAUGCCCUGGUUAAACACAUUCUCAAAUACGAGAAUGAGAAACCCUUGGUAAGCCCCGAAAGCGUUCGAAGAGUUUUAAGUGCGGUACCGCAAAAUUCCCCGCCGGCCGUGGAAACCAGACGAAAGUCGGCAGCCAACGAGCCGGCUUGCCCUUUGCCAGGUCAAGUCGUAGAGAAACGCCACUCUCGAGAGGAAGCGUUUGAAAUGCAGCCUCUAAGCGAUGCCAUAACCAAGGCGACUGGAAAAGUCCUCUUGGAUCCUGGCGAUUCCGGAGUUCACAACUCUCCUCAGACGGAAAGUUAUGGAUCCAAUAGCCAGCCGCUGGUCGAUGAGGACGAACAAGAUGUGCAAAUAUGCUACGACGAAUUGCCCGAGCUGCCGAAUGAGGAGCACAAUCUGGGGGCUCUAAUGGACAGUGAAGUGCAUGGCAUGGAUCCAGACGUACCAGCCCAUGUGAUUAUCAACCGUCUUUCAAGUGCCGAUAGCUUGGACUCCGAUGGUCAACAGUUUCUGAGGGAGCAGGUGCGGCAUUUGGUGCGUCGUUUCACCGCAAGAGCAAACAAAAUGAAGACUCGUCUUGAAAUGCCGCCCACGCCCAGCAGCACUGCUUCCUCUCCAUCUCCACCGCCGCCGCCACUGAAGGCUAACACUGUUUUCGCCAAUAAGGGUACGCAGUCCCCGGCAAAGCCACGAGCCACGCCAGCUCAACAGACGCCCAACAAGAAGCCCCUCUUCGUAGCCGAUACACCACGUUCAAAUGUGUGGCUCUGUUCGAGUCUCUGCAGUACCGACGACCAGAAAACCUUAGAUCCGCAGGGCACCCUAUACAUAUCUUGGUUAUGUGUUGUGUCUAUCUCAUUCCUUUACAAUGCCUGGGUCAUACCGUUGCGUUCAACCUUUCCUUUUCAAACACCCGAAAAUACCAAUAGUUGGCUAAUCAUGGACUUCUGUGCCGACAUCGUCUAUCUAGUGGAUGUGGUGUUCUUCAAGCACCGCAUCAUGUACCUCUUCGAGGGCUUCUGGGUAAAGGACAAGAAUCUAACGAGAAAAAACUACAUGAGAAAAUUACAAUUUAAGUUGGAUCUGUUGGCAUUGUUGCCUUUGGAGUUGCUCUACUUUAAGUAUGGCACUAAAGCGGUAUAUCUGCGAUUUCCUCGAUUCCUGAAAAUUCAAAGCUUUUGGGAGUUUUUCAAGCUACUCGAUCGCGUUAUAUCGUCGCCUCAUAUCGUCCGCAUAGCGAAAACCCUACUCUAUAUGUUGUACAUGAUCCACUUGACGGCCACGUUUUAUUACGCCUACAGUGUUUAUGAAGGACUUGGCACAAAUCGCUGGGUUUUCAAUGGCAAAGGACAUCCUUAUGUGCGAUGUUUUGCAUUUGCAACCAAAACAGCCACAUCGAUAGGUAAAAAUCCCAAGCCGGAACUGGAAGGUGAAUACCUCUUCAUGACUGCUGCCUGGCUGAUGGGUGUCUUUGUCUUUGCUUUACUCAUUGGUCAGAUACGAGACAUUAUAUCGACGGCUACCCGAACCAAAAAUGAAUACCGCCAGCUGGAGGAUGAGACUUUGGAAUACAUGAGACGCCUAAAUCUUCCUAAAGAGGUGCAGAAGAGAGUGAAAAUGUGGUUCAAGUUCACGUGGGACCAACAACGCACCUUGGACGAAUCGAAUAUCUUGGACUCUUUGCCCAUAAAUUUAAAGACCGAUAUUGCCAUAUCAGUUCACAUACAAACCCUGUCUAAAGUGCAACUUUUCGCAGAUUGUGAAGAGGCGUUGUUGCGAGACUUGGUUUUAAAGCUGAGAGCGGUCACUUUCUUGCCUGGUGAUUACGUAUGUCGCAAGGGAGAAGUGGGACGCGAAAUGUAUAUUAUAAAACUAGGCCAGGUUCAGGUCAUGGGUGGCCCCAAUAGCGACACCGUCUUAGCCACACUGUAUGAAGGCUCUGUGUUCGGUGAAAUCAGUUUGUUGGGAAUUAAUGGGGCAGAUCGGCGUACAGCGGAUGUGCGUUCCAAAGGCUAUGCCAAUCUCUUUGUAUUGUCAAAAUCAGAUCUUAAUGAGGUCAUUGCCUACUACCCUAAUGCCCAGUCCAUUCUCAAGAAGAGAGCUCGCGCCCUUAUGCGUAAGAAUGCUGCCCGUGAAAAGGAGGAAAGGGCCCGUAGUGCGGAACAAGCCGAUGUAGUAAUUGGAAACCCCAAGACGCCAGAGAAUCCACCGAAGCUUUUGCAAACAGUCAUACAAGCAUUGCCGUAUGAAUCACCUGCUGUCUUGCUACUGUGUCGUGGCUCCAAACGCAUGCGGAAGAAACGUCACUCUGUUAAAAUGGAAACAAUCGAGGAUCGUGAAGUCGAAGACCUUACCGACAGCCAUCACCACAUCAAAGCCAGAGACAGCUUUAUGCUCCCUCGAGAUUCGCGAGCCUACUCUCCGGACCUGUUAUCUUCUAUCCAAAGAGAACUGGAAAAUAAGCAUCAGUUUAUCAAUUUGACCGAUUCUGAAAAGGCCUUGAUUAUAUCAACAUCGAGCAACGAUUCUGUCCGCGUGGAGGACAUCGAACAAUAUGGAAAGUGAAUGAAAAUUUGAACCGGGCGGUGCCUAAUUAAUGUAACAGUUUAACUGAAACGGCAAACCAGCAAGGCAUUUUCUUUGUAGGAAAUAUUGUUUAAGUGAUGUAUCAACUACUCCAAAUAAAUGUGCUUUUGAUGUUUAAAAUAAAA